AGGAAGUGUCAUGCAAAGUUGUACCAAGUACUGCCGUGCUGUCAUUGGAACCGCUGCAGCUCCCUGCCCCCUCCCUCAUCAACUCACCUGUGUCAUAUAAAGCAAAGAAGCUGCCAUCGCGGGUCUCUGUCACUUGAGGCACGACCUGCAGAAGACCCACUGAAGACAGCCAAGAUGAAAGUCAAGGACAUGACCUUCAAGGAGGGGCAUGAGUUCAAGAUCAGGGUCAAGCCCAAAGACGACUGCUGCACCUUCGCCAUCAACAUCGGCCACGACUCGGACAACAUCGCCCUGCACUUCAACCCGCGCUUCGACGACAGCGUCAUCGUGUGCAACUCCCUGUCUGGAGGCUGCUGGGGCGACGAGCACCGGGACGGCAACUUUGGCUUUGCGCGAGGGGAGGAGUGCAAGUUCUACAUCAACUUCAACCAAGAGGAGUUCUACAUCAAGCUGCCCGACGGCAGCAUGAUGAGCUUCCCCAACCGACUGGGGGACGUCAAGUACAAGUACUUCGACGUGAGCGGUGACGCCAGGAUCGUCGGCCUCAAGAUCAAGUAGAGCGCUGCUUCUCUUCAAGCAUCCAUCAGUUGUGUAAACGUUAAAACCCGGACGCGACUCCUCCCUGUCUUGAGCUCCUGGAAACGUGGAAGUUGCAGGGGUGACCUUGUAAUGACACAUAAAGGCCUGCAGAGGGAGCCAGACCUCAUUCCAUCUCAAUGUACCGUAAAGUCUGCUGCUUUGCUAAU